UUGCAAACACCGCUCCUACCGCCCUGCCUCGCCUCCAAACUUCCACUGGCGCGGAGGCGAUUCCUCGACACCGAUCAAUCAGGGUCCCAUCAUUUGUCACAAUCAAACACGCGUCGGCCUGGGCGCCGGCUCCCUGAGAUCGAAGAGAAGCGCGGAAGAUGGGCCGUUGGGGCUUGGGAGGAGGAGGGGUGGGCGGCAAGGAAUAUCCGGAUGACAGAGGGCCGGAACUGUUUGGCGAGGUGGUGGGGCAUCAAGGGGAAGAUGUGGCGGUCCUCUGCGAGUCCGUGCGCUUGGUGGAUUCGUAUAAAGGGCGGGUAUAUGUAUCGUCUGUUUACAGUCCUCUACGCCUCGCCGAGCGCGGCUUUUACCACAGCUGGCCUUCACUCCUUGCUAAUACUCCCUCGAGUCCGCUCCUUACUCGCUUCCUGGUAGGGGCAUUGGGGCUCGUGCUCAAGUGCUACUGACCACUGGCAUCUGACCUCUCCUGCGACGUGGACUGCGCCGGCUAAGCAACGACGUCGACGCGCGGGGUGAGCGCACGACUUGAUUUCAACUCUUUCGACUCGCCACCUGCUUUGCCAU